AUGAACACAACGAAAGAGAAUAGUAUUGCGCGGGACUCUUCUCCAUCAUGUGGUAUCUCUCUCUCUCUUGAAGAAGAAGAAGAAGAAGAAGAAGAAGAAGAAGAAGAAGCGUCCAGCAAAGCUAAUGAAGAAAAGAAGAUAAGGAUGGUGGAGAAAAAAGAAGGACGAAAGAAGCGCACUAACAACAAAAGCGAUGAAUGCGCUCAUCCUUGUAAGUCAUCCAUCCACUGUAAGUCAUUGCAUAAGGCAAAGAAUAAAAUUAAUAAAAAUAAACUACGUGAUAGUCGUCGAAGGAAACAAACAGCAUCUCUCUUCAAAAGACAACGGAGGACUCUUACUUCGGCUCCUCCUUCGCAAUCACCGUCGUACCCGGACACGACGCAUUUAUGUUGUGAAAUAAAUGUUCAACAAUGUGUGCAAUAUGCAACAAACUGGCUAAUGCAUACCAUAGAAAUGGCAUUUCUUCAAAACCGUACUCCAGCUUCUUUUUGUGCUACUGACUAUGAUACUGUUGCUGAUACUGCUACUUCUUCUGUUCGCGAAGAUCAUCAUGUCUCCGCAGGUGAAUCAUCAAAAGAAGAACAACAAGAAGUCGUGAACGAACUCUUUUCUUUUUUGAACUAA